AAUUCCCUAUCUAAUUUGGUUCAGCUCUUCGAUCCCUUCACUGCUGCAUGGCAGCGACCUUACCGGCGCGUCAGGUAUCUGACCUAUGUCUCGGCAAGCUGCCGCUGCGCUCCCUCUCUAUCUCCGCCACCGUUGCAGAAGCCUUGGCGGCGUUUAAGAGAUCGGGGAAUAACUGUGUCAGUGUUUGGAGCUGUAAACAUGGUCAGUUAUCGGAAGACUCCACGGCCGCCGAAAAAGUCGACGCCGCCGGUCUUGAUGAAUGCCGUUGCGUAGGCAAAGUAUGCAUGGUUGAUAUUAUCUGUUUCCUAUGCAAGGAAGAAAACCUUUCGAAUCCUGGAACUGUUCUUCAAGCUCCGGUUUCCGUUUUCAUUCGUAAAACAGGAGACGUUGUCCGUCAUUUAAAUCCUAACGCAAGUUUGGUGGAAGCUAUAGAUUUGAUUCUGGGAGGAGCACAAAAUCUGGUGAUACCAUUGGAAAACAAUGGCAGGAAUUCAAGGAAAAAGCUUCUUCAAAAUGCUUUGUCGAAUUCAACCUUCCAUGAUAAUCGACAAUAUUGUUGGCUAACUCAGGAAGAUAUAGUUCGUUUCCUUGUGAAUGCCAUUGGUGUUUUUACUCAAAUUGCUGUUAAUCCAAUCAACUCCCUAGGCGUCAUCGAUGCUCAGAACAUCGCAACCGUUCAUUACGAUGAACCGGCUUCAUCGGCCUUGCCAUUGAUUUCUCAGUCCCUUGAGAUGCAAACUUCUGUCGCUGUUGUCGACGGUGAUGGCAGGUUGGUUGGGGAAAUUUCGCCCUUCACUUUGAAUUCUUGUGGUUGGGAUGUUGCGGCGGCCAUCGCUACGCUUUCGGCUGGUGACUUGAUGGCUUAUAUCGAUUGCGGUGGACCACCGGAGGAUUUGAUUCAAUUGAUGAAAGAGAGGUUGCAAGAGAGGAAUCUAGUGAAAGCCCUGGAAUUGGUGGAAGAAGAUUCGGGGAUUUCUUCAGGAUUCUCAUCAGUUUCAUCGUCGUGUUCGUCGUCUGAGGACGAGGAGUUCAGGGUUGGGAUGAGAAAUGGGAGGUCAGGAGGGUAUUCAGCGAAGGUGGCGAGGAGAUCAGAGGCCAUUGUAUGCCAUCCGUGGAGCUCGUUGGUGGCGGUGAUGAUUCAGGCACUGUCGCACCGUGCAAGUUAUGUGUGGGUUGUGGAAGAAUAUCAAACUUUAGUCGGGAUUGUUACCUUUACCGGAAUGCUAAAAGUUUUCCGGUAACGAAUGAGGACCAUGGCUUAGGGUAGCAUUGAAGGAAUC